AUGACUGAAAAAAACAUAGAUAAUUAUACAUUCCUUACCUCUGAUGUACUUGGUGUUGGAUCAUUUGGCACUGUCUUCCAAGGCUUUGAUUUAAACAGCAAUCGUUAUGUGGCAAUGAAAAUGAUAGCAAAGGAUAAUUUGCUUAAUGAUCCAAAAGGUCAAAGUGGACUUAAGACCGAAAUCAAUAUAAUGAAAAAGUUAAAUCAUAAAAACAUAGUUCAACUUAUAGAUGUAUUGGAGACUCAAAAUAAUAUCUAUAUCAUUCAAGAAUUAUGUGAGAAUGGAGAUUUAUCCAAGUUUUUGAAGAAGAACAAAUUGGUUGAUGAAAAAAUGGCAUUGAAUAUCAUUCUUGAUGUUCUUUAAGGUUUUUAUGAGUUACUCAAGUACAGGAUUAUUCAUAGAGAUCUAAAACCUGCAAAUAUUUUAAUACAUAACAAUACAUAUAAACUUGCUGAUUUUGGUUUCUCAAAAUUUGUGGAAAACUUUAAUCCAAACACAUUGCAAUCACAAGUAGGAACACCAUUGUACAUGAGUCCAUAAAUAUUAAGAAAUGAAAAAUACUCCAUGAAAUGUGAUAUUUGGUCUUUAGGAUUUCUGUUCUAUGAAAUACUUUAUGGAUAAACUCCCUGGGUAGCCUCAUCAAUUCCGUAAUUAGUUAAAAAUAUUAAUAAUUAACCUCUUGUAUUCCAUGAUUCUAUCAAUCAAGUAUCAAAUGGAGUGAAAGAUUUUAUUUCCAAAUGCUUGGCUAUUUAAGAAGUGGAUAGAAUUAGUUGGGAAGAAGUAUUUAUUCAUCCAAUUUUUGCAUAAGAUUUUAGCUAAGCUCGUUUAGUAGGUGCUUUAUUCGAAGAAAAAGAAUUGUCUAUAGCAAUGAGCAUGAGACAAUAAUCCGUAACUUAAUCGCUUAGUAUCAACGAAUUACUAAGAUAAUUGGCUGAGGAUGAGGAUCGAAUUCUUGAUAUUGAAGACUUUAUUGGAAUUUUCCUUGCUAUAAAUGAGAAUUUGUUAGAGGAAUAAAUUCAUUAUAUCUUUAAAAUUAUUGAUGAAGAGUAUAUAGGAAAAGUCACAUGCAAAAAUCUUUUAGAUUGGCUUAUCAAACAUGAUAUUUGUUAAUAGGAAACAGAUAUUAGAAGUGGUUCAAACACUAUCUAUGGAGCACCUGAAAAAGGUUAAGUCUAAUAGGUUCUAUAAUAGAAUGAACUUAGUUAAGACAGAUAACUGAUUUAAAUACUAUAUGAAGAAAUAAAGAUAAACAAUUUAAAUUUAGUUGAGUUAUUUUAGAAAUUUGCAACAUCCUCAAACACAAUGAGCUAUCAAGAUUUCACCAAUAUGAUGCUGAAUUACGAUUCUACUUUAAGUGAUUGGGAAAUUUUUGAAACUUUUAAACUAUUUGCAUCAAAUAAAAGUGUGAACAUCAAUUUAAAUCAAUUUAAGCAAGUAUUAGAAUAAAAUUUUCGAGAUGAUGAUUUCUGA